AUGGCGACAGUGUCGUCAACCUCAACGAUCCAGCUCCGGAACUUGGAGCGGCCGCCGACGCCCAAGGAUGGCAGCCUCCUCAACACCGAGGGCCACCGCCUGGGCUCCGACGACGACACCACCGGCGGGCUCCCGGCGCCCACGACGACGACCACCGUCGUUCAGAGGUGGAAUCAUCCAAGGUCCAACUUGUUCAGGGUUCUCUCGUGUUUCUGGAGCAUGCUCGUUUCGGGAGCCAACGACGCCGCAUACGGUGCUUUGAUUCCCUAUCUAGAGAAAUACUACAACCUGACCUACAUCGUCGUCUCCCUCGUCUUCCUGUCCCCCUUUGUCGGCUACGUCCUCUCGGCCCUGCUCAACAACCACAUCCACCUGCGUUGGGGCCAGCGCGGCAUCGCCGUCCUCGCCUCGAUGUGCCAUCUCGUCGCCUACGUCAUCAUAUCCCAGCACCCGCCCUACCCGGCGCUCGUCGUCGUCUUCAUCCUCGCGGGCUUCGGCAACGGCUUGAGCGACGCCGGCUGGAACGCCUAUAUUGGCAACAUGGGCCACGCCAACGAGGUUCUCGGCUUCCUGCAUGCCUGCUACGGCGCCGGCGGUGUCAUCAGCCCGCUCAUCGCCACCACCAUGAUCAGCAAGGGCAACCUGGGGUGGUGGACGUUUUACUAUGUCAUGAUCGGCCUGGCCGUCAUCGAACUUGUCUGGUGCACGACCGCCUUCUGGACGCAGACAGGCGCAGUCUACCGCGAGACGGUGAGCCACUCCAACAACGACAGCGGCACGGGCCUGCGGACGGCCCUCUUCAAGCGACCGUACGCGCGCGUCUCGUGGCUCAGCGCGUUCUUCCUCCUUGCUUACGUCGGUACCGAGGUUUCGCUAGGCGGUUGGAUCGUGCAGUUCAUGAUCCAGGUCCGCAAGGCCAACCCCUUCGACUCGGGCAUGACCUCGGUCGGCUUCUGGCUGGGCCUGACGCUCGGCCGCAUCGUGCUGGGCUUCGUGACGCCCCGGCUGGGCGUCAAGCUCGCCGUCGCCAUCUACAUCCCCAUCACGAUGGCGCUCGAGCUCGUCUUCUGGCUUGUGCCGCAGUUCUACGUCUCGGCCGUCGCCGUCGCGCUGCAGGGCUUCUUCCUGGGACCCUUCUUCCCGGCCGUCGUCGUGGCGGCGACCAGGCUGCUGCCGAGGCACCUGCACGUCAGCACCAUCGGGUUCGCGGCGGCGUUCGGCGGCAGUGGCGCCGCGAUCCUGCCGUUCGCCGUCGGCGCGCUGGCGCAGGCCAAGGGUGUGCAGGUUUUGCAGCCUGUUAUCCUGGCGUUCUUGGGCGUUAUGCUGGGGCUGUGGCUCUGCUUGCCCAGGAUUGGAGACAAGAAUGAGUAA